ACAUGGAAUCACACAAUUUAAUCGUGUGUGAUAACCGACCAACAUUUUUCGACAUAACGAAUGACAUACCAACCAAUAAUCCAAACAAUCGAAUUCUGUAUCAACUAUUAUUUCUUGUAAACUUGCCUAGUAACAUUUCGCGUUUCGUCGCAUCGCAGGGCUAUUUCUCUUUAUUGCUUGCAUUCAGUCACCAACAGAAAGCGCUAAUUUCGCGACCAACUCUCGACGGACGCACAGACAUCUUUAAUAUAUAAACGUCUAUGGACGAACACGGUGUCAAGUGCGAUAGGGGGAAAAAAAUCUCUCCGACAGGACUUGCGCAUGCGCGAGUUAUGUCAUUAAACACCUGACUGGCUUUAGCAGAUUCGUGCUAAGAUGUUACGACCUUUUGCUGGGGCCGUAUAAAUUAUCAUUACUUUUUCUUAUAAUUUAUGCUAACAAUAUGCAACAUCUAUUAAACGCUGUAUAUUAAAUAUUACAUGUGUAUUAAUACAUAUAUUUAAUAUUUUUUUAUUUCCUUUUUGCGAGAACCCUAAUGACAUCCUUCAUUGUACGAAAUAUAUGUACAUGUGAUUUAUUAUUAGGCGUAACAGCGUCUGCUAGCGUUCGCGCUACUACGCAUGCGCGGAAGAUUUGUCCCUCCAACACUGCGCGGCGUGUUGGUCGGUUCAAGUUGUCAGUACGUGUACGGCGAUAAGCUGUGUCGUGUCGUCGGCCUAUCGAGCAUAUCGGAGCAACCGUUUAGCGACGCGCUCUCAUUAUCAGCCGCGGUCGAAUCGUACGCGAUAAAGAUAACGCGCUCGCGAAACUCUAGCGCUCGUAGUGAGGUCUCUCGGCGAUGCGCGAAUUUUGAAAGCGGGCCAAAUAUAAAGAAAAACGACGCGGAGCAGACGCGAACCGAAGACGCGAUCGCGUAACGUACUCAAUGUGCUCGCGCCUUUUCGCCCCACGGAGAAGAGAUCGCGGAUUGAUGAUUCUCGCGCCGCUACCUACCUCCCGUUCGUGACUCAUUCUUCGUCACCGAUUCCCUUCGAGUUUCCUCGUCGAUAGGGAUCGCCGACUUUUCCGACGCGCGACGGAGAUGUGAACUCGACGCGACGAGUUCGGGGGGAGACGCCAUCCGUUUUAAACGAGGCCACGUGGACCACGUCGGGAGCCAGGAAAAAUAUGUGCCAGCAUGUCCGAGGACGACGCGCAGGAAGCAGCCAGCGAGGAGAUCGAAAGACAAGAGUCCCUUUACGUGUUCCCGGGUGCGGGCCACCCCAGCCGCGCGACGUCGUUAUCGUCGUCGACAUCGACGGCGCCCCUUCAGCCAUCUCUGUCGUCUUUCCUCCACGGUGGCGACCACUUGACCACGACAAACACGACGAUGACCACCAACACUACGAUGAUGGCGUCCACGUCAACGAAGAUCAGCAACGGCGACGAGGACGAGGACGCCGUAGAGGAAGUUACCUCGCCGGCCAGAAGAAGACCCCUGCCGAAGACGCACGCGAGAUCGGCGAGCCAUGGCGGUGUUUUGGCGGAUUGCACGACCGGGCGACAAACCUACGGAUCUUUUCUGGGCCCGUUGACGACUGUGGGAAGUGCCACGUCCGCGGGUCGACCGUCAGCGCUGAAGAAGCCGGGUCAUCAGAGAGCCUUCAGCCAGGGUCAGGUGGCGGACGUGACGCAAGGCCAGUCGGCCGUAACGGGACACCAUCGCGUCGGCUCCAGAACGGACUUCAUCUUGCCGCCGGGCCACAGGGAAGAGGGCAGGCCGCCUACUGCCGGCAGAAUGCCUUCCUUUCGCGGUCAUUCUCGCCAAGCGUCCAGAUCGGAGUCUAUCUAUACGAUAAGACGUAGCGUCGCGCCCCCCUGGUGGAGGAGACUAUGGGCCCAUUGUUUCGGUCCAUUGCCGGAGGAGCCCCGUCUAAGGACAAUAGUGCCGAAUCAUUUAGUCUCUCCGAAAACACCGAAGAGUCAGCAUCCCAAUGGAAAUAGGGCGGAUAACAGGGUACGCACAACAAAGUAUACGGCGCUGAGCUUCCUACCUCGUAACCUGCUGGAACAGUUUCACCGCGUGGCCAAUCUGUACUUCAUUUUCAUCGUUUUGCUCAAUUGGGUACCGGCUAUAAAUGCGUUUGGCAAGGAAGUCGCUAUGAUCCCCGUCAUAUUCGUUCUGGGGGUUACGGCGCUUAAGGAUUUCUUCGAAGAUCGCCGGCGUCUCGCCAGUGACCGGCGUGUGAACAAUUCCACCUGCCGCGUCUACGUUAGCGAAGGCGACAGAUAUAUGAAGGUGGCGUGGAAGGAUGUCAAGGUGGGUGACCUGGUUCACCUCUCAAACAACGAACUGGUACCGGCCGAUCUUUUGCUUCUGAGAAGCAGCGAUCCUCAGGGAUUAGCUUAUCUCGAUACGUGCAACCUUGAUGGUGAGUCAAAUCUGAAGCAGCGUCAGGUUGUCAGGGGUUUCCUCGAUCUGCAGGAUACUUUCCAGCCUUCCAAGUUCCGGUCGGUGGUCGAGGUCGAUCAGCCAAGUACUAGAAUAUAUAGGUUUCAUGGCGCCGUAUUGCAUCCGAACGGUGGCAGGGUGCCCGUGUCUACGGAAAAUCUUUUGCUCAGGGAAUGCGUUUUAAAGAAUACUAACUUCAUCGAGGGUAUAGUCAUAUACGCCGGUCAUGAGACUAAAGCGUUGCUGAACAACGGUGGACCCAGGUACAAGCGUUCCCGUUUGGAGAAGCAAAUGAACAGGGACGUGAAAUGGUGCGUGGUGAUAUUGUUGGUGCUGUGCGUGAUUGGUGCAUUCGGAUGCCGAUUCUGGUUGUCCGCGUACACGGGUUUGACGGUGGUACCGUUCCUGCCGGUGCUGCAGGAGCCGAUCUACGAAAGCAUACUGAUCUUUCUGACCUACGUCAUAAUAUUUCAAGUAAUGAUACCGCUGAGUCUGUACGUGACGAUCGAGAUGGCCAAGGUGGGACAGGUGUACCAUAUCGGCCACGAUCCGGCCCUCCACGACACGGAAACCGGCCGGAAGGCGGAGUGCCGCGCGCUGAAUAUCACGGAGGAACUAGGCCAAGUACAAUACGUUUUUUCCGAUAAGACCGGCACCCUCACGGAAAACAAAAUGCUGUUCAGGCGAUGCGCGAUAGGCGGUCAGGAUUAUUCGCACAUAGGCGACAAUGAGAAUUUGCUUCCGUGCUCGCGGCUUAAGGAGGACCUGCUCAUAAGUACAUUUCGACAUCGCUUACAGGAAUUUCUUAUUGUCUUGGCCACGUGCAACACGGUUGUCGUAAAUUCUCAACCGCAUCACGAUAUUAUGAACUCUAGCGGGGUCAUCGAGGAACCUCAAAAGAAUGGAACUGGCCCCACGAGAAUAACAGAGUUGGAUACCAAUUCAUUUCCGACCGUUAAUUCUCCGCCGGUACUGGUAUCUCCGAGCAACAGAAAUGUCCGCACCUUGUCUCCAGUAUCACCUGUGAUCAGUACGAUAAAUACGUUCGACGACACACCGAAAUUUCCGUUUAAAUUUUCCAGGCCAAAGUUGCUGAAUGUAACAUCGAUAUCGAGCCUAGGGAUCGGUUUAUUGGGCCGAAAACUUUCGCCGGACGGACAGAAGAGACGUACUCCGGACUCGAAAAACAGCGACGAGUUACUACAAAACCCAGCGAUCUACGAGGCGGAGAGCCCAGACGAGUUGGCGCUGGUACACGCGGCGCGCGCUUAUGACGUUAAGUUAGUGAAACGGACUCCUCGUAGUGCAAUAAUUUCUUUUCCGGACAAGUCGACGCUCGCAUUUGAGAUACUUCACGUGCUGCCGUUUGAUUCGAAUAGGAAGUGCAUGUCGGUAUUGCUCAGGCAUCCUCACACCGGCGAGAUAGUGUUAUACAGCAAGGGCGCCGACACAACGAUGCUGCCAGCGUUGUCGCCGGGUGACGAGAACACCGUCGCCUCGGCGAGUAUUCGACAGUAUCUGCAGUCGUAUGCGCGUCAAGGGUUGCGUACCCUAGUGAUGACAAAGAAGACAUUGACGUCGCAGGAGUACGAGAUGUGGCGAGAGAAACACAACGAGGCGGAACUGGCGACGGAGAACCGUGAGCGUCGCAUGCGCGAUUCAUACGCAACACUGGAGUCGCAUUUAACGCUGCUGGGAGCGACCGGCAUCGAGGACAAGUUGCAAAUCGGCGUGCCUGAGACAAUGGCCGCUCUGGUCGCCGCCGGGAUCGUCGUGUGGGUUCUGACAGGGGAUAAGCCGGAGACCGCGGUGAACGUAGCAUAUUCGGCGCGGCUCUUCUCGCCGGCCAUGCAGCUGCUGCAGCUGCAGGCGAGAUCGAAAUCCGUUGCCGAGACGCUCAUACGCGGCUAUUUAGAUUCGGCAUGCAAAGAGAGCGCAAACAAUAGCCAUCCGCAACAACCAAGCAUAAUGGCGGGUAUUGCGGAUUCCGUUGACGUGUAUCCCAAUUACGAUUCCAUCGAAAGAGACGCCCAUAGAAUCGACAGUUCGUGGCCACGGCAACGUGCGCUCGUCGUGGACGGUAAGACGUUGACCGUGAUCCUGGAUCCGCGAUCGGGCCUGACCGGCCCGUUCCUCGAACUCACGAAAACGUGCUCCAGCGUCUUAGCCUGCCGCGCCACGCCGUUGCAAAAGGCAUACAUAGUUCGCAUCGUUAAAAAGCAAUUAGGAAUGAGAACGUUAGCGAUCGGCGACGGCGCAAAUGACGUUAGCAUGAUACAGACUGCUGAUGUGGGUGUCGGUAUCUCAGGACAAGAAGGUACGCAGGCGGUGAUGGCGGCGGAUUUCGCGAUUUUACGAUUUUCCAUGCUCAGCCGGCUCCUCCUUCUGCACGGGCACUGGUGUUACGACCGUCUCGCCAGAAUGAUUUUGUAUUUCUUUUACAAGAAUGCAACUUUUGUCUUCCUCGUGUUCUGGUUUCAGUUGUAUUGCGGUUUCUCCGGUGCCGUAAUGAUAGAUCAAAUAUAUUUAAUGCUAUACAACUUGCUGUUCACUUCGCUGCCGCCUCUAGUUUUGGGCAUUUACGAUCGAGUCGCCGCGCCUCACGUGUUACUUUCAGCAGCGGAAUUGUACACAAGAGGACGAUUGGUUCUUUACCAAAGUAUCGUUAUCUUUUUUAUCACCAAAGAGGUUUAUUACGAUUCGAUUAUCGAUAUAUGGGAAUUCGGGACGACUAUUAUGACGGCAUGCAUCGUUGUCAUGCUGCUUCACGCUGCCAUAGAAAUUAAAUCUUGGACUAUAAUUCAUAUCGGUGCCAUCUUGGGUUCCUUGGGCAUAUUCUUCGGAUUUUGCCUAUUUUAUAAUGCCGUCUGCGUUAAUUGCAUGGGUUUACCAGGAUCCUUCUGGGUAAUGGAAACGGUCAUUACGCGUCAUACGUACUGGUUCACUGUAGUACUUACAUCUGUCCUCGCAUUAAUGCCUAGGUUACUCUAUAAAGCGAUACAAUCAACCAUCGCACCAGAUGCUAUACAAUUCAUCUCGCAGCAAAUUGCCGCAAAAAGCGGUAGUCAAAUUCGUCGGCAGCGUAUCAGCAGUCAAAGAGGCGAUGUCAACUUUAUCGCUGGAUGGUCACGUUCCUCGCAACACGCUACCAUCAGACCCGGUAGCUACAGAAGCAAAAGCAGCGCUCUCACGACUAUCGUUGCGUGACAGGUAUAAUCAGAUUGUAGUGAAGCGUGUCCAUUUCAUUAAUUCGGAAAGUCGACUUUAGUCGCCGCGAAGAAAGGGAAAGAACGCGGACUCUUUACCGUCGCGAUCCUCUUCGAAAGCCGCGUGUUCCUUCAUCGGUUAAGAGAAGAUUUUUUUCUUACCUUUUCUGAAAGUCGUUUGCACUGACAACCGUGAUUAACUAUCUCUGAUUCACGAUUCCCUGCAAAUCGUGGUUGUAGCUAUAUAAUGAUGUAGAUACGCGAAAAGGAAAGCUAGUUAAUCAUGGUUAGUGCAGCCGAGCAUGAAAAUUUGCGCUCGUCACUAUCUAACCAUACAAUAUAGAUUAUUAAGAAGCGUUGAAACACAUUUUGUCGUUCGUGACGCGUUCGCUGCGCGUCCUCGUUAUCGCGAUAACGGUAACAUUUUCAUUGCCAUUCUCGAAUUCGAGUUAUCGCGACUGAAUUUAAAAUCGAGUGGCCUUAAAUCUCAGAUUGUUCGUUGCAUUUAAUGGCUGUGACUUCUAGGGACCAAGACUGUGCGUUGUAAUUGUAUCAGGUAAGCCGGAUUCGAGCGAAAGUCUCUAUGCCGCGCUAUUACAAGUAUUUUAUUUGUAUUUUUUUUCGACCUGAAACUUUUCACUCGAACGUGUAUCCGCGUGUAUUCUAUUUUCAAGCGGAAGACCAACGAACGGAGAAACAGAGACGGAUAUAUAUCUAGAGAGCGUUUUAUUUAUAUAUAUAUAUACCUUCGAAGAAUAAGUGUACAAAGAUGUUAUAAAAAGAGAGUGUUAAGCAUAUAUGUAUAUACACAGUGUGUGUUUCGCGAGAGGCGCGGUUCACCCGCUGAUAGAUAUUUUAUCAAACCGAUUUAUUUUUUAAACAAGUUUUUAGCUAAAUUAUCAUUAGAUGUUACGCGUCACAUCAUAAAGUGAACAGUAGGAAGCAGGCGCGGACGCAAAAAACAGUAAUUGCGUUGGGUUAUUUCCUAUUUCCGGUUGAUCCACAUGCGUACGAUCGAUGGAACGCCUCAGAUAAAUUAUAAUAAAUUAAUAUAAUAUGACGUUAUACACGUGCUUUGUUAUAUCUAUUGUUGUGUUAUUACCAAUAUCAAAGAAAAAAUAUUGUAAGAUAUCAAUUUAGAGCUUUUAAUUUGGAUAUAUAAUGGCAUAUUGAAUGUUAUAUCGAUAACACGUUGCACGUGCUAUCUCAUAGUAUUUUGAUAAUGAUCGGAUUAUCGUUGUGUUGUGCGUUUACCGAUGUAAGGAGAGUGUGUUGCGUAAUUAAAAGAAAACGAAUCAACUCUCUGUUAUCUGUAUCAUGUUUCUGCCAGCCAAUUGCCUUUUUACCCAAUCGUCCUCACGUAAACAUUCAAUCAGCAGACUUUAUCGUCGUAUAAUUAACGUACAGUAUACCUAGUGUAACUGCGCGCUACAAACCGAACCAAACGAGAUAUUUUGCAUGUAUAUAUAUCGCUUCUUUGUUGCAUGUACAAUAAUUAUGAGAUAUUUUUUCAAUAAAAGCAAAUGAAAACCGAAAA